UUUUCGCGGUCAAAGUUAUUGCACUGGCUUUUAGAUUCCUGAAAUAAACUUCAAUUUAACGAAAACAAAUUAAUAAUUAAGAAUCAUGAAGAAACGACAAUUUGGGUCGUCACAGGGCCCAGCGAAGAAGGGUAAAUUCGGGAAGGAUGAGGACGAGGACGACUUGCCAGGCUCUUUCGAGGCGGAACUGGCCACCAUGAUGGAUGAAGACUUUGGAGAUAUCUCUCAAAUCAUCACUGAUGAACAGGGUCCCGAACAGGAGAACACGACGUCAAAAUGGAUACGUCCACCGCCCCUAGACUUCAAUCCCUCGAAAGACACCCUAUCAUUCCAGCAAAUCGAGAUAGACCACUACACUGGCCAGGCAAUGGUGGGAAUGCCAGGCAACAAAACCGGCCCAGUCCCCAUAAUGCGAAUGUUCGGAGUGACGAUGGAGGGUAACUCAGUCUGCUGCCACGUGCACGGUUUCUGUCCCUACUUCUUCGUCUCAGCCCCUCCCAACUUCACCAACAACCACUGCAAGCCCUUCAAAGAGGCCCUGGACACAGCUGUAAAAAAGGACAUGAGAUCAAACCCAGAGAACGUGAUGGAUGCAGUCCUGGCUGUCGAGAUAGUCCACAAGCAGAACAUGUAUGGAUACUGUGGUGAGGAGAAGACCCCCUUCCUGAAGAUAACAGUUGCCCUCCCUCGUCUCGUGGCAGCCUGCAAGAGACUCCUCGAGAAAGAGGUUGUCUACUCAGCAUUCCACCACGAGUACAGAGCCUUCGAGAGCAACAUCGACAUUGACAUAAGAUUCAUGGUGGACACCUCAGUGGUCGGCUGUUCCUGGAUUGAGCUGCCCCCUGGUACCUGGAAAAUCAGGGGAAAGUUCGACCACAGAAUGCCAGUAACAGCGAGAUGUCAACUGGAAGUUGACGUCGCCUGGGACGCAUUCGUCUCCCACGCACCAGAGGGAGAAUGGUCCAAAGUGGCUCCCUUCAGAAUUCUGAGCUUCGACAUCGAGUGUGCAGGGAGAAAAGGCAUCUUCCCUGAGCCCAACCACGACCCUGUCAUCCAGAUCGCCAACAUGGUCAUCAGACAAGGCGACCCCGAGCCCUUCCUCAGAAAUAUCUUCACCCUAGACACGUGUGCACCGAUUCUAGGCUGCCAGGUCCUCAGUUUCGGGACCGAGAAACAGAUGCUGGAAAAAUGGGCGGACUUCGUGAGACAGCUGGACCCCGACAUAUUGACUGGCUACAACAUCAACAACUUCGAUUUUCCUUAUUUAAUUAAUCGUGCCCAGCACCUGGGUGUUAGGAACUUUGCAUUUUUGGGGAGGAUUAAGGAUAAAAGGAGUGUCAUCAAGGACCAGGUGCUGCAGAGCAAGCAGAUGGGGAGGAGGGAGAAUAAAUCAGUGAAUUUUGAGGGGAGAGUGCCCUUCGAUCUACUGCUAGUUCUCGUACGAGAUUACAAGCUUAGAUCUUACUCGUUGAACGCUGUGAGCUACCACUUUCUCCAGGAGCAGAAGGAGGACGUUCAUCACAGUAUAAUAUCAGACCUGCAGGCAGGUGACGCCCAGACUCGUCGACGAUUAGCUGUUUACUGCUUGAAGGAUGCUUAUUUGCCACUGAGACUGCUGGACAAGCUCAUGUGCAUCAUCAUCUACAUGGAAAUGGCUAGGGUGACUGGUGUCACCCUCGCCAGUCUCCUCACACGUGGACAACAGAUCAAGGUUGUCUCUCAGUUGUUGAGACACGCUCGAGAACGAGAUUAUCUCAUGCCUGUGCACCAGGGCCAGGGGUCAGAGGAGCAGUACGACGGUGGAACUGUUCUGGAGCCCAAAAGAGGAUUCUACAACGAUCCAAUUGCGACUCUCGACUUCAGCUCUCUGUACCCCAGCAUCAUCAUGGCCCACAACAUCUGCUACACGACUUUGUUGACCAUUCAGACGAAGAACAAGUACAAUCUCAGUGAUGAAAUGGUCACGAAGACACCAUCCAACUCGUUAUUCGCGAAGGAAACAGUUCGUAAAGGAAUAUUACCAGAAAUUCUGGAGAAUCUACUGAGUGCCAGGAAGAAGGCCAAGGCUGAGCUCAAGAACGAGACCGAUCCACUCAAGCAGAAGGUACUUGAUGGACGACAGUAUGCUCUCAAGGUCUCUGCUAACUCGGUUUAUGGAUUCACUGGGGCUCAAGUGGGGAAGCUUCCUUGUCUGGAGAUAUCUGCUUCAGUCACUGCUUUUGGAAGAACUAUGAUUGAGAAGACAAAGCAAGAAGUUGAAGAACGAUUUUGCAUUAAGAAUGGGUAUGAGCACGAUGCUAAUGUCAUUUAUGGCGACACUGACUCGGUGAUGGUGAAGUUUGGGGUGAAAGAGAUCGAGGAAGCUAUGAAGCUGGGGAAGGAAGCUGCUGAGUAUGUCUCUGGGAAAUUCAUCAAGCCAAUCAAGUUGGAAUUUGAGAAAGUUUACUUCCCCUAUUUAUUGAUUAAUAAGAAGAGGUAUGCUGGGCUGUACUUCACGAGACCUGACAAGUACGACAAGAUGGAUUGCAAGGGGUUGGAGACAGUGAGGAGGGACAAUUGUCCUCUCGUCGCCAACAUGAUGAAUACUUGCUUGCAGAAAUUGUUGAUUGAGAGGAAUCCUGAGGAGGCGUUGGACUACGCUAAACAGAUGAUCAGUGAUCUACUCUGCAACAGAAUUGAUAUUUCCCAGUUAGUCGUGACGAAGGAGUUGACGAAGACUGAUUAUGCUGCCAAACAGGCCCACGUGGAGUUGGCAGCCAAGAUGAAGAAACGAGAUGCUGGAACUGCUCCAAAACUGGGAGAUCGUGUUCCUUAUGUUUUUACAAGUUCAGCCAAGGGAACACCGGCUUACAUGAAAGCCGAGGAUCCGAUUUACGUGCUGGAGAAUAGUAUCCCUAUUGACACGAAUUACUACCUGGAGAAUCAAUUGGCGAAGCCUCUGAUUCGUAUCUUUGAGCCAAUUCUGGGGGACAAAGCUGAGUCGCUUCUUCUUAAGGGGGAGCACACGAGAACCAAAGCUGUUGUUACGUCCAGAGUCGGGGCACUGGCUGCAUUCACCAAGAAGAAGGAGACUUGCAUGGGUUGCAAAUCCGUUUUACCCCCUGAGAGGGAGAAAAUGGCACUCUGCAAAUACUGCCAGCCUAAAGAGAUUGAUUACUAUCAGACUGAGUUGUAUGCUGGGAGAAAACUCGAGGAGAAGUUCUGCAGGUUGUGGACAGAGUGCCAGAGGUGCCAGGGGAGUCUUCAUCAGGAGGUACUCUGCACCAGUCGUGAUUGUCCUAUUUUCUACAUGAGGAAGAAGGUCCAGAUGGAGCUGGACACACAGAUGAAGAGGAUCGAUCGGUUUGGGGUCUCUGAUUGGUGAUUAAAGUGCAUUCGCCAGCCAGUCCAUUGCCUGAUCGAGCCCCUCUCCCUUUUUCGCUGAUGUUUUGAAGAUCUGGAAUGUUCUGUUCUUCAGAGCAUCUAGACCAAGUGCCUGGUGAACUUCAGCUACACUUAAGCAUCCUGGCAUGUCUUGUUUGUUAGCCAGGACGACUAGAAUCGCUCCCUGGAGUUCAUCCUCCUGGAAAAUUAAUCGUCGUUAAUCAAUUUUUUUAAUCGUUGGACGUCGGAUGAAUAAAAAAUCAGGAGUGAAGUCGUUAACUGUUACAAGAAAUUUUUCAUGUCUUGAUCAACAUUUGAUUAUCUUGAUAAUGAGUAAUUUUAGGAGAAAUGGUGAAGACAUAGUUUUGUUAGAACUUUGGGGAACUAGAAAGAGUUUAUCGAAAUUUUCUCAUAAAACUAGGGUGAACAGGCCAAUUGCUGGGCGGUUAAGGGAAAUUCCAGUUCGUGGUAGGAUCUAAAAUGAAAGAAUCACCUCAAUGGAGAUAUGAUGGCUUCCAUACCUUCAUAUUUUAAUUCGCAGAAAAAAAUUAUUUGAAGUGAAAAUAACAAAACAGA